AUGCCCCCCUCUGAAAUCGACCUCAUCUUCUCCUCCUCAAAGGGCAAGCGCCUCGUCCCCUCCCCCUCCCCGUCCGCGUCCGUGCCGUCGCUUCCCACUCCAAAGCAGAAGAAGAAAAAAGACAAAAAACGCAAGCGCGACGACGCGGAUGUAAACACAGACGCCGCCCCCCUCGCCUCUUCUUCUUCUUCUUCUGUCUCCAAAGCUAAACGCCCCGCGGUCGAGACCAUCCUCGAUCCCUCCGCCCGGCUCUCAACUCUCCCCGCCUCCUCCGCCAAACGCCCAAAGGCGUCGUCUAAACCGUCGCCCACCGCGCCUCCACCGCCAAAGUCCUCGUCAAAGGCCAAGGCCCCAAAGGACGACGACGACGAUGCGCGCUUCAAAGAUUCGCGCGGCACCGGCCCCCGGCGCAAGACCGAGGAAGGCUUCGCGAUCUACAAAGAGGACGAGCUCGGGAUCCAAGACGCCGGCGGCGACACCCCGCUCUGUCCGUUCGACUGCGACUGCUGUGCGUGUCCCGCGCACGCCCGUCCCCCGCCCGCCGUGCUGUGCUGA